AUGGAACAUUCACGUGAUAGGGCUGCUGGCGGAUCUAUAAACAGUCCUCCAUGGUUCGAGGGUGGAUGUGAAAAAUAUACUCAGUGGAAAAUCUACAUGAAAUCAUAUCUCUAUGCUCAAGAUGAACAUGUGUGGAAUAUUGUAGAAAAUGGUUGGACUAUACCUAUGGUAAAGGCGAAAGGAGAAAGCUCCUCCACUUCCACUCCCAAACCAAGGAAGGAUUGGACUGAUGAAGAAGUUCGUGAUUUGCAAGCAGAUUUCAAGGCUAAGAACAGUAUUUUCACAGCCCUAUCUGAACGAGAAAAAUUGAGAAUCAGUCACUGUGACACUGCCAAGCAAGCAUGGGAUCUUCUACAGACUACGUAUGAAGGAAAUAAGAAGGUACGUGCACAGAAACUGCAAGCACUGAUAUUUGAAUUCGAAACCAUGACUAUGGGAGAUGAUGAAACCGUGGAUGAUUUUCAUGGUAGAAUUCUUAAAAUCUCUGGUCAGUGUCGUAGUCUGGGAGCACCUUUUGAUGAAGAUAAGAUAGUUAAAAAGAUACUCAGGGCCCUGCCAGAAAAAUUUCACUCAAAAGUCACUAGCAUAGAGGACUCUUUUGACAUUGACGAGUACCCACUCGAUGAACUCAUUGGAAAUCUUAAAACCUAUGAGAUGAGGUUAAAACCUGAGAAGAAAAACAAGGGUGUAGCCUUCAAGGCAGUGAAAGGAACAGAAGAUGAAGAGGAAACACAAGAUCUAGCCCUACUGACAAAGGAAUUCAAAAGAUUUCUGAAAAGCAAGAACUCUUCUAGGAAUUCGACUGUGCCUAGAAAAAAUAAUUAUACCAGCAAUGGUAGUUACAAUGACUACAACAACAAGAGUGGAAAAGGGAACUUCAAAGGAAAUCACUCAGGAAAACCUAAGUGCUAUGAAUGUGGUGGCUACGGUCACAUCUCUACCGAGUGUGGAAAUAGGAAGCAUGAAAAUAGCAACAACAAGUCUCUACUUUCAACUUGGAGUGAUGAUGAGUCUCAAGAAAUUGAAAACGUAGCACUUGUAUCAUCGUUUCUACCUGAUUCAGAUAGUGACGAGUCUUUCUCUGCUGAUGAUGAAACAAAUAUCCGCUGCAGACAACUCUACAAAGCUUCAAAGGCAACCUUGCUAAAAAACUUGAGCUUGGAAAAAGAAGUUGAUUUUCUGAGAACUGAGAAAGAAAAAUUGGAGCAAUUAUUGGAAUCAGCAAAUUUACAAAGUGAAGCAGCAGAUUUACAAGGUGACCAAGGAUUAUUGACUUGGAAGACUGAAAGAAAUGAGCAUCUCAACAAGAUAAAACUGCUGGAACUGGACGUUAAAGGACAACGAGCAUUAAACUUGGAACUGUUGGCUAAAAACGAGGCAUUGCAAGAAGAGUUAAAAUCGACUCAAGAAAGAUUCACCAAAUUUGAUGUCAGCUCCAUUGCCAUGUCCAAAUUACUCGAAUCUGGAAAGGCUCCUCAUGAUACUUGUGGGUUAGGAUACACUGGGGAAAAUUCCAAAUGUACCAAGUUCGUAAGAGCAUCAAGACCAACUGUAGAAAAGGAAGAAAUCUUCACUGAUGAUUCUGUCAAAAAUGUGAAGGAAGGACAACCAAAUCAAAACCUCCAGGUAAAUCGUGACCAAGAGUCUCACACUGGUCAGAACAGGUACGCAAACCCUAGACCUUUUAUCCCUACAUGUCAUCACUGUGGUAAGAUAGGCCAUAUCAGACCUAGGUGUAAUGGAAGAUUUUCAAACUCACAGCACUCUCAAGAAAAAUACACUGUUGAAUCUCUAAGUUUUGAACUUAAAGAACAAAAAGAGCUCAUCAACAAAUUAACAGAAAUUGUUUCGAAGAAAAACCUUCCAACUGACAAAAGAAAAGUUGUCUGGACCAAGAAAAAUGAAAGUAAAUGUCUUCAGUCUUAUAUUGAUAAAACUGAUCAUACUUGUCUCUUUGCUUGUGCAAACAAAAAUCGACAAAGAUCUCACAUUGAGGCAUCUUGUUUAGUAGCCCUGACUGCAUUAGCUGACAAAAGACGAGAUUUCUGGUAUGUUGACAGUGGCUACUCUAGACACAUGACUGGAGACAAAACCUGGUUUACUUCUUUUGAAGAUGAGAACACAACAGGAUCAGUCACAUUUGGAGAUGGAAGAAAAGCAAAUAUCCUAGCGCAAGGUACAGUGAACACCCCAGGUAUACCUAAUCUCAAAAAUGUGCUAUUUGUUGAAGGCUUAACUGCAAAUCUGAUUAGCGUAAGCCAUUUGGCUGACGACUAUGAAGAUGUAUGGUUUAACAAACAGAGAUGUUUAGUCUUAAAUCAGAAAGGAGAAGGUAUCAUGGGAGGUAAGAGAUCUGUUGAUAACUGUUAUCAUAUUCAAGCUAAUGAAUCUUCCAGCUUGCAGCCCUGUUUGUCUGUAAAAACUACAGAGGAAACCUUUGAACUCUGGCACAAAAAGAUGGGACAUGUAAACUAUCAAGACUUGCUAAAAUUAUCCUCCAAGCAAUGUGUCCGAGGCUUACCAAAUUUAAAGGGCAAAACUGACAAGAUAUGUGGAGACUGCAAAAUUGGAAAGCAAACCAAGGCUCCUCACAGGAUGGUGAAUUCUGCAACAACCACAACAGUCUUGGAACUUUUACACAUGGAUCUCAUGGGACCAGCUCAAUCUGAAAGCAUUGGAGGUAAGAGCUACAUGCUAGUAGUUGUAGAUGAUUUCUCAAGAUACACCUGGGUAAAUUUCUUAAAAGAUAAGACGGAAACGUUUGAAUCUUUUAAAAACUUGAGUCAAAAAUUGAUCAUUGAAAAGAAGUCAUCAAAUACUAGCAUAGUGAGGGUAAGAUCGGAUAAUGGUACUGAAUUUAAAAAUGCCUCUUUCUCUAACUAUUUUCAUGAGCUUGGUGUGUCUCAUGAGUUCUCAGCUCCAAUCACUCCACAGCAAAAUGGCAUUGUGGAAAGGAAAAAUAGGGUAUUGCUGGACAUGGCUCGAGUAAUGUUGCAUGCUGCAGGUUUAAGCACAAACUUUUGGGUUGAGGCUAUCAGUACUGCUUGUUAUACUAUAAACAGAGUAUUUUUCAGACCAGGUACUGAUCAAACAGCUUAUGAGCUGUGGAAAGGUAAAAAAAAACCAAAUGUUGGAUACUUUCAUAUUUUUGGCAGCCCUUGCUACAUUUUACGUGAUAGAGAGCAUCUUGGAAAAUUUGAUGCUAGAAGUGACGAUGGUGUAUUCUUGGGAUAUUCUCUAAACAGUAGAGCUUAUAGGGUUUACAAUAAAAGAACCCGCGUUGUUAUGGAAUCCAUUAAUGUUUCUAUUGAUGAUCAAUGUGUAAAACAGGAAGAAUCAUAUGCAGAUCCAUCACCCUCCUCUAUCACACCACCAGAAAUUGCAGAAGCCUCAACUGAUGAAGAGGAAGAGGAGAUCCCCGACAACAUUUUUGAACCAGCUCCCAUCCAAAGGAAAGGAUUCAAACAAGUUCAAAAGGACCACUCCUCUCAAGAUAUCAUCGGAAAUCUGAAAGAUGGAUUGACAACAAGGAGAAAAGCUACAGCUCAGGCUUAG